UCCCGCCCGGAGCGAGCGAAGUUGGCCGCGGGCGAACACCGCUGCGCGCGCCUUACGUACCGUUUGAUCUCAAGCCAUCGCCUUGUAACAAAAUAAAAAAGAAUCGAGGCGUGUUCAACAUCCAAAAAUCAAGUAAUUAGUCGAAUAAUCAUGGAGAACGCGUGCCCACCGUGAAAAAUGUGUGACGCGACACGCUUGGCUAUUUAUUGUAAUGGACAUAACAACGGAUAGUCGUAAUUUGUGUGUGUUGUGGUAUAGAUUGUGUGUGUGUGUUUCCUAUUAAUUAUACCUUCCAACUACCUUGGGACCAAACCAUCACAGCACGUUCACUUAGCCCUAAUCCACGAUUUGUUUGUAUAUUUUAUAAAUUUCGAGCGACAGACGUGUUUCGUAUGGAACUGAAUAUUGGGACGAGUUCGCUGGGAAUAGAAGAUAAUAGAUCAAGAUGAGUGCAGAAGCCGAAGACACCACACCGACACCCACAGCCACGCAGCCAGAUGGCACGGGGCCCCUCAUCCAGGUGCCCGUGGCCCCGCGCAAGCCCCCGCGCCGAGGCCUUAAGGUCCAGCCCGAGAGGCCCAAGCGGGCCCUCUUCUGCCUCACGCUAAAGAACCCCUUGAGGAAACUGUGCAUCGAUAUUGUUGAGUGGAAACCCUUCGAAUGGAUGAUUUUGACGACAAUUUUUGCGAACUGUAUAGCGCUUGCAGUGUACACACCAUACCCCAGCGGGGACUCGAACUACACUAAUUGGGUUCUGGAAAAAAUCGAAUACAUAUUUCUGGUAAUAUUUACGGGAGAAUGUGUUAUGAAGAUUAUUGCGUAUGGGUUUGUUAUGCAUCCUGGUUCGUACCUCAGAAACGGGUGGAAUUUGCUGGAUUUUACUAUAGUUGUUAUAGGUAUGGUAAGCACGGUGUUAUCGAGCAUAUUCAAAGACGCGUUCGAUGUGAAAGCGCUAAGAGCGUUCAGGGUGCUUCGCCCUUUGAGGCUCGUGUCGGGAGUGCCCAGUCUCCAAAUAGUUCUCAACUCGAUCCUCAAAGCCAUGGUGCCGUUACUCCACAUAGCAUUGCUGGUGAUCUUCGUGAUCAUCAUCUACGCCAUCAUCGGCCUGGAGCUGUUCUCUGGGAAGAUGCACAAGUCCUGCUAUAGCAGUCUUACUGGUGAGAUAAUGGACAACCCGCACCCGUGCGACACGGACAACGGUUUCAACUGCUCCUCCCUCGGCUCCGACAUGGAGUGCCGCGAGGGUUGGAUCGGACCCAACUUUGGGAUCACCAACUUUGAUAACUUCGGCCUCUCCAUGCUCACUGUGUUCCAGUGCAUCACACUGGAGGGAUGGACUGAUGUUAUGUAUAAUAUACAAGACGCGAUGGGCAAUAGUUGGGAGUGGGUUUAUUUCGUGUCGAUGGUCAUUUUGGGCGCUUUUUUUGUUAUGAACCUCAUUCUCGGUGUGUUAUCUGGAGAGUUCUCCAAAGAGAGAGAGAAAGCGAAGAACCGAGGGGACUUCCAGAAGCUCCGGGAGAAGCAGCAGCUGGAGGAGGACCUGAAGGGCUACCUGGACUGGAUCACGCAGGCCGAGUACUUGGAGCCGCUCGCUGAUCAGCAUGAUGUAGUGGACCAGAAGCGGGACUAUGGGAUUGGUCAAACAACGACCGACCACGACUCGACGGACCAUUUAGGGAUAGAAACCAAUGAACAGCAGAAAGUGUCCAUUGGUGAAAUGUGGAAGAAGGAUUUUGAUAAAGUGAACCGUCGCACGAAGCGCGCGUGCCGGCGCGCGGUGAAGUCGCAGACGUUCUACUGGCUCAUCAUCGUGCUCGUCUUCCUCAACACCGUCGUGCUCGCCAGCGAACACUAUCAUCAGCCGGAAUGGCUCGACUAUUUCCAAGAGUACGGGAACGCGAUGUUCGUGGCGCUCUUCACACUCGAGAUGUUGGUCAAGAUGUACAGCUUGGGAUUACAGGGUUACUUCGUGUCCCUGUUCAACCGGUUCGACUGUUUCGUGGUGGUGGGUUCGAUCAGUGAGAUGGUGCUCACCAAGAGCGAAGUGAUGCCGCCAUUGGGGAUAUCUGUGUUGCGAUGUGUUCGACUGUUACGAGUGUUUAAAGUUACCAAGUACUGGCGGUCCCUCUCCAACCUGGUAGCCUCUCUCCUCAACUCCAUCCAAUCCAUUGCUUCUCUCCUGCUGCUGCUGUUCCUCUUCAUCAUGAUCUUCGCACUCCUGGGGAUGCAGGUGUUCGGGGGGAAGUUCAAUUAUGACCCCGUGGAGGAAAAAGACAGGCAUAACUUUGAUUGCUUCUGGCAAGCGUUACUGACGGUGUUUCAGAUCCUAACCGGCGAGGACUGGAACGCAGUAAUGUACGAAGGCAUCAAAGCGUACGGUGGAGUGGGCACUGUUGGGAUUGUCGCUUGUAUAUACUUCAUCAUUCUCUUUAUUUGCGGCAAUUAUAUUCUGCUAAAUGUGUUCUUGGCUAUCGCUGUGGACAAUUUGGCAGAUGCCGAAUCAUUAACAAAUAUAGAGAAAGAAGAAGGUCAAGCUCCGGAAGAAAAAGAAGGUGGUAGUGUUGUAGCUGAAGGCGGGCAAGCGGAUACGGAUGAUGAAUAUAUUCAUGAUGAAGAUGUAUAUACUAGUGAUAAUUCGGAAAGGGAAUACGAAGAAGGUUCGGAAGGUGAGAACCAAGAUGAAAUAGAUGAACAGGAUGAGAUAGUUGAGGAUGAGGAAACAGAGGAGAGGCUGGAGGAGGAACAGGAACAAGAGGAUAUGGAUAUGAUGGACAGCCACCAGAGGAAUCAUAUAGACGGCGGCGAGGAGGAGGAAGGGAAACUAGUAACGGCCCGCCCGCGGCGGAUGUCCGAACUGAAUAUGCCCAAUCAGACGCCGCCGAUACCGAACGCUAGUAGUUUCUUCGUAUUCUCACCGACGAACAGGUUUCGGGUGUUAUGCUACAAGUUGUCGGCGUCGUCGACGUUCGGAAACAUUAUAUUGGUGUGCAUCAUGCUGUCAUCCGCCAUGUUGGCGGCUGAGGAUCCGUUGGAUGCAGCACAAAAGGGUUUCAGGAAUUAUCUGUUGAGCCAGUUCGACAUCUUCUUCACGGGCAUCUUCACGCUGGAGCUGUUCCUGAAGCUGGUGACGUACGGGCUGGUGCUGCACCCGGGCUCCUUCCUGCGCUCCGCCUUCAACGUGCUCGAUAUGCUCGUUGUUUGCGUCUCCCUCAUCUCUAUGAGCUUCAAGUCCGGUAGUAUAUCGGUGGUGAAAAUAUUACGAGUGUUCAGGGUGUUAAGGCCGCUUAGGGCCAUCAACAGGGCCAAAGGUCUCAAGCACGUUGUUCAGUGCGUGAUCGUUGCCAUCAAAACGAUCGGCAACAUAUUAUUGGUAACGUCCUUACUGCAGUUCAUGUUCGCAGUCAUGGGAGUGCAAAUGUUCAAGGGUAAAUUUUUUAAAUGUAAUGAUAUUUCCAAAAUGACAAAAGAAGAAUGCCAGGGAACAUACUUAGUGUUUGAAAAUCGUAAUUAUGUUGUAAGAGAUAGAGAAUGGAAGAGAAAUGAUUUUCAUUUUGAUAAUGUUAUGAAAGGGAUGCUCACUCUCUUCACUGUAUCCACUUUUGAAGGAUGGCCAGGGUUACUAUAUGUAUCUAUAGAUUCAAAUGCUGAGGACCGAGGUCCUAUCACUAACUUCCGUCCAAUUGUCGCUGCGUACUAUAUUAUUUAUAUUAUUAUAAUUGCCUUCUUUAUGGUGAAUAUAUUCGUCGGUUUCGUCAUAGUGACAUUCCAGAACGAGGGUGAGCAAGAGUAUAAGAACUGUGAGUUAGAUAAGAAUCAGAGGAAUUGCAUAGAAUUCGCUUUAAAAGCUAAACCUAUAAGGAGAUACAUCCCGAAGCACCGCAUCCAGUACAAGGUGUGGUGGUUCGUGACAUCACAACCCUUCGAGUAUGCGAUCUUCGUAUUGAUCAUGAUCAACACGAUCACGCUCGCUAUGAAGUACCACAACCAACCGGCGGAGUAUAGCAAAGCGUUGGAUUUGUUGAAUAUGAUAUUCACCGCGGUCUUCGCUUUGGAGUUUAUUUUCAAACUCGCCGCUUUUAGGUUUAAGAACUACUUCGGAGACGCUUGGAACACAUUCGAUUUCAUCAUAGUUCUGGGCAGCAUCAUAGACAUCGUUGUGUCUCAAGUAAACGAACUUAAGAAUCAGGGGAGUGGCCCGCCGAGAGCGCACGUUGUUAAGGAGAGCUCGAUACCAUCCAUAAACUUCUUCCGUCUCUUCCGAGUGAUGCGUUUGGUGAAGCUCCUCUCUCGUGGUGAGGGCAUCCGGACCUUACUGUGGACCUUCAUCAAGUCCUUCCAAGCGCUGCCAUAUGUGGCUCUGCUGAUCUUGAUGCUGUUCUUCAUUUAUGCUGUUGUGGGGAUGCAGGUGUUUGGUAAAAUAGCAAUAGAUGAUGAAACGCCGAUAACUCGGAACAAUCACUUCCAGACCUUCCCACAAGCCAUCCUUGUUUUAUUCAGAUCUGCUACAGGCGAGGCGUGGCAGGACAUAAUGAUGGGCGUGUCCCCCGAGCCGGAGGUGCGCUGCGACGCCAACUACCGCGACGAGGGCGACGACGCGGCCGGCUCGUGCGGCAGCGUGCUCGCCUUCCCCUACUUCAUCUCCUUCUACGUGCUCUGCUCCUUUCUGAUUAUAAAUUUGUUCGUCGCCGUCAUUAUGGAUAACUUCGACUAUUUAACUAGAGACUGGUCAAUCCUGGGACCACACCACUUAGAUGAAUUUAUAAGAUUAUGGAGCGAAUACGAUCCUGAUGCAAAGGGUCGAAUAAAACAUUUAGAUGUAGUUACUUUGUUAAGGAAAAUUAGUCCGCCUUUAGGUUUCGGCAAGUUAUGUCCGCACCGCGUGGCAUGUAAGCGUCUCGUGUCAAUGAACAUGCCGCUCAACUCUGACGGCACUGUGCUGUUCAACGCCACGCUAUUUGCCGUUGUAAGAACCUCGCUCAAGAUUAAAACUGAAGGCAACAUAGACGACUGCAACACAGAACUAAGAGCAGUAAUCAAAAAGAUCUGGAAGCGCACAUCACCAAAACUGCUGGACCAAGUUGUACCACCGCCAGGAGACCCGAAUGAGAUAACAGUAGGAAAGUUCUACGCUACUUUCCUCAUACAGGACUAUUUCAGAAGGAAUCACGCGUUCAAAAAGCGCAAAGAGCAGGAGACCAGGGCCAAUGCUGGAGAAGCGGCUCAGCAGAUGACGUUACAGGCUGGACUCAGGACGUUACAUGAAGCUGGGCCGGAACUGAAGAGGGCGAUUUCUGGAUGUUUGGAUGAUGUGGAUGCUAAUCUCGAUCUACCGAUGCAUAGGCGAAACCAUUCAUUAUUUGGUGGUGUUUGGUCAAGUAUACGACGUCACGGCCCCAAUAGAAAUAAUAUGAACAGACCACGGAAACCAGGAGAGCCUCCGUUAGAAGCUGUUGGUAAUCAUCUUAGUUCUAUGAUGCAGAAGGAAUAUGGAGUUGGACCACUGCCUCUCACACCUAACUUGGCGAACGGACAGCCAAAAGAACAGAUACCGAUGCGGCCGUUAAUAUUAAAUGGAGAAUCGGAAAAGAUAUACCAAGUGCUCGAAAGAACAACAAACAAUCUAAAGAACGCUAUUUAUCAAGGCGGUGACAGCACAGGGCGGGGGGUGAUGUCGCUGCCGGGCAGCCCCCGGAACAGCUCGUCGGUGCCCGUGGUGGGGUCCGCUGAGAGCUUGGUCACCAGGGUACUAACAGAACAAGGCUUAGGAGAUUAUUGCGAUCCAGAGUUUGUUAGAAAUACAUCAAGAGAAAUGCAAGAAGCAUUGGAUAUGACACAAGAACAGAUGGAUAGGGCGGCUCAUCAAUUAAUGAUACAAGAAAGAAAUAUAAAACAUGCACAGAAUCAACAACCAUCAGUUGGGGCCACUUGGACUGUUAUAGGGCGUAGUGCUGGCGCGGCAGCAGCACCCGCUGCACCAGCCCAGCCAGCGGUUAUAGCACGCGCCCCACCUCCACCCCCGCGCCCCCCGCCCCACCGGCCCACCCGCCGCAAGCGCACGCCGGUGCUCGUCUAACGACGCUCUAACUGCCCUGGCCAAACUGGCCCAACUCUACCACGUCCACCCUCUACUCUACUUUAGGUGGUCAUGCUCAAAUUUUCGUUGAUUUUAUUACCCUACCUUUAUCUCUAGACUUUUUGACGAUCGUUUGACACGACCGGGCGGAACAAAUUAGGUACUAUUUAGAAUAACUGUGUAUACAAAGUGAGAUUCGUAGAGUAGGUUUAAAUUUUAUACGUAAGGUUUCGGAAGUUCCGUUUGAUUUCCCUUCUGUUUCUUUAUGAUAAAUUGUUACAACUUUAAAAGCGGCGAGAAAUUUACACUUGCGUAUAUAAAACUCACUUUAUUGGAAUGUGUACGAAAGAUAAUAUACCGAAUAUUUCUAAUACAUUUUAUGUUCGGACUUGAAGUCUAUUUCUUAGUUUUAAUGAUAGAAAUUUUCUGGUUGGACAUUUCCAAUAGCGACUUAUACCUACGACCGCUAUUAGAAAUACGAUUUCAGUAUUAGAAAUGAGGUAAUCUAAAAAUUAACUAGUUAGCACAUUAGGCCUGACUAGUCUUAAAAAUCCCUUGAUACAGCCAGACUGAACGUAGUGUUGCUAGACAUUUUUAAUUUAAAUGUUCUACCGUAACUAUUUGUACCUACUCCGGACGUUUAUUCUAAAUCAGAAGUCUAAUGACAAUAUAAAAUUAAAGACUUAAUUGUAAAAAUAUAUUUUAAACAGUUUUUAUAGUCCUAUAAUACGUAUUUCUUGACCUGCCUUCCUCCACUCUCAUUCAAUGGAUCAAAGAAAAUGUUCAUACUACCCGCAAUUUUGUAAAAAAUAAUAUGCAUUAUAUUAUACUUAUAAAAAUCCGAUUAGGUACUGAGACUAAAGAAAAUGCUGAGAUUGAUUAGAAACAGCUUUAAAAUAUCUUAGCUAUUUGUAGUGAAAUACGUUAUUGAACUUUAGGUACUGUUAUAAAAUCUCAUGCAGUAUCCAUGUUGAUCAUGGUAUUAGAAAAAAUUGCGAUGUACCAAAAGUAAAUAUAACUCAUUAUUUAAACUUUAAAAGAUCCAAGAAACAACCAAUUCCUUCCAUUCGUUUACAUUUUGUAAAAAAGAAUAAAAAAAUGAAAAGACAGUAAAAACGGCACAUAAAAAUAUAUUAUAUCUCGCAAAAACUCAGAAAUAAAUCGGCGAUAGUAUUCAUAAUAAUGUGUAGAUAGAAUUAAAUUUGUAAAACUUGCAACACUGAAUGAUAUACGUACUUUUUGAAAUGUUCGGUGUUGCAAGUUAAUCGCUGUAGGUGUAGGGAUUCCCCUAGUAAGUGCCCUUUUAAAAUCGGUGUAAAUUUUAAAUUAUUAUUAAAUAUAUUAUCAAUUUUGUCCGUUUUACCACAAAUCACAUUCCUUAGGGUUAAGAUUUAUCCAAACAUCAUUGUUCCUUCCUUCCUAAUCUGCAACACCUAUAUUUAUACUUUGUUAACUAAAAAGGAAUCUUUUUUAGAUU